AUUCUCGAAGAAUAUGUACGCCGGCCUGCCAAUGCAAGUACUUUAAGGCAGUAUAUUUUCUACGGACGACAAAUGACAAGCGAUCGACUCAUCACUGCGGCCAAUUGGGUCCGGAACGAAUUAUUGACACGACUGGCACAUCGUAUACGGGAUUUCCAACAAUUGCCCUUCUUUGUGGGUAUGAACCCGCAUAUCGAGUUUGUAUACCGACUAUACUGGGGAGCAUUUGAAAAACUACGAAAACAACCGGCUAUCAAAACAUUGGACGAUAACGAGGACUUUUGCAAAUGUUUGGAGGACUUGUUGGAUGAUGGCCAGUUGGUGGUGCCAAAACUCGCAUUGGGCAUAACAGAAUGUGCACGGCAUUAUUCUGGCUCACAAGAUCUCGACCGGUUCAUGAAUCGAAUGCUGCGGUCAAGGAUAUCGCGACGGAUGUUGGCUGAACAGCAUCUGGCGCUGACAGAGGCGCAUGAGCACGGUUGGGAUAUGAUGGGCGAGGGCGCCGAUGGCUACGUGGGUAUUAUCUUUGUUCGAUGCUCGGCAAGUGAUCUGGUGUCACAGGCAACACGGUUGGUACGGCGCCAUGCAGAAACGAUCUAUGCCAAGCCAGAAAACUCUAGUCGGACUCCACCGGCCAUUCGAGUCAACAUCCAUCAGGACACCCAACAAGGCUUGCAACAAGUUCCAGAACAUUUAGAGUAUAUUUUAUUUGAAUUGCUAAGCAACGCGGUUCGAUUUACCAUGGCAGCAUGGGAAAAACAACCAGAAAACCCUUAUCCACCCGUCCAGCUUACUGUGAGUGCAAACGAAACAGAUGUCUACUUUCGCGUAACAGACCAAGGCAAAGGCAUUGCGCCUGAUGUUUACAAGCACUUGUGGUCGUAUCAAGCACGCGCUCCCUCUGGCCAAUUUCACCACUUCCAUCAAGUCCAAAAAAUGCCUUCCAGUAUAAGCGAACGUGCAACACAAGCAGCCGAUCUUGGACAAACUCACCUUGGUAUGGGCCUUACCAUGAGUCGGAUAUUAGCCGAGUACUGGGGUGGCGAAUUGCAGGUCAUGACGAUGGAAGGAUUUGGCACCGACGCCUACGUGAGAAUACCGCGAUUAGGCACCAAGGCAGAGAAUCUU